AUGGCCGACAACAAGCCCACCAGCAAGACGUACACCCUCGCCUCGGGCGACAAGAUGCCGGCCAUCGGCCUGGGCACUUGGCAGUCCGCCAAGGACGGCUCGUGCCAGGCUGCCGUCGAGGCCGCCCUGGCCGCGGGCUACCGGUACAUUGACACGGCGCUGGCCUACGGCAACGAGCACGAGGUCGGCGCCGGCGUCAAGGCCUCGGGCGUGCCCCGCGAGCAGAUCUGGCUCACGACCAAGCUCGACAACCCGUGGCACAAGCGCGUCCAGGAGGGCAUCGACUCGUCGCUCAAGAGCCUGCAGACCGACUACGUCGACCUGUACCUGAUGCACUGGCCGUCCAGCACCCGGCCCGACGACCUCAAGAAGCACUACGACGACUGGAACUUUAUCGACACGUGGCGCGAGAUGCAGAAGCUCGUCGGCACCGGCAAGGUCCGCAACAUUGGCGUCAGCAACUUUGGCAUCACCAACCUCGAGAAGCUCCUCAACCACCCAGACACAAAGAUCAAGCCCGCCGUGAACCAGAUCGAGCUGCACCCAAACAACCCGUCGCCCAAGCUCGUCGCCUACUGCAAGGACAAGGGCAUCCACGUGACGGGCUACUCGUGCCUGGGCAGCACCAACUCGCCCCUGUACAAGGACCCCGUGGUGCUCUCCAUCGCCGAGGCCAAGGGCAAGACCCCGCAGCAGUGCCUGCUCCAAUGGGGCAUCCAGAACGGCUGGGACGUUAUUCCCAAGUCCGUCACAAAGGAGCGCAUCGAGGCCAACUUUGCCCUCGACGGCUGGAGCCUCACCGACGAGGAGGUGCACAAGCUCAGCAACCUCAAGGACCGGUUCAAGGUCUGCGGCGACGCGUGGCUGCCGGUCAAGGUCUUCUUUGGCGACGACGAGUAA